GCACUCCGCACCGGGACGCGUGACACGGCAGCACGCCCGCAGACGCGCUCUCCGCCGCACGCCCGGCCCCGCCCCGCCCCACCGGCUCCCUCGCCCACAGAAAGAUGGCUGAUAUGAAGAAGACAGUGUUUGCCUUAGUUGUUCUGUCACUUUUUGUGGCGGUGCUGUCAGCGCCGAAAGAGUGCAUAAAGAACCAACAACCUUGUGUUCACAAGAAUGAAUGCUGCGAUGGGUGUUGCAGUGAGAGCAAAUGUGCUCCUUAUGCUGAUGGCUGCUCGGCACAGCUGAAUCCUUGCUCCUUGCACGCCUGUCCUCCCGGGAAGACCUGCUACUUGCAGCCAGUGACUUGCGUGGCAGCUAAUUGUGAUCCUGUGCCAGCUUGCAAAGAUCCUGACUACGAUUAUGAAUAGCAAGAACUUACGUUUGUUUACUUUUCUCGAAACGUCCAUCUAAAAAUGUAUGAUAUUUGUAGAGAAAACGUUAACCAAAGAGAAUACGCAUACAAAAUCAGUGGAGGUUGCACCUUCAAAUUGAUAUUAUCUAAUCCAAGUGCUUUCUUUGUGCGCGUUGAAAUGUUUUUGUAAUACGAUCCUGCGAUCAGCUUCUGACCAUUGUUUUGGUCGUGGAUCCAGUUACGUAAUUUGAGAUUGGUUUCACGUUAGUAUUAUUAUAUUUUUUCGCUUCCAUACUAAUAUGGAGUAACGUCUGAGUAUAUUACUUCGUAGGUUAUCAUUGUGGGUUACAUCUCUCGAAACUUAUUGGAUCCAAAUGGCAAAAAUUCAUUCACUUUUUCAAAUCCUUACAAACACUUUUGGAUAUGAAACUAUCUAGUCCGUAGAAGUAUUUCUCGAAACAAAGUUUUUGAAAUGCAUACUUUAUUAUCAGCUUCUGGAUGUCUGCAAUUUAAGUUAUUUUUGAAAAUUAGAAUAUUUAAGGUUGAGGCUAUGUCUCAACAAAUUCUAUCAUUUAAAGAUAAGAAUAUUUGAAAAUACUGAUCCCUUUGCUACUGUAUUGUUGUGUUCUUACUAUUUUCAGUUUCGUGUCUAAGGAAAUAUGUAAAUAUCUCAGAGUAUAAUUUUGUAAUUUGUGUUUGAUUAUUACAUUAUGUUUUCCGUCCAUAAAUUUAAGAAUAUUUUUCCAGUAAAUAUUUAUCAUAAAUACUUUUUUAAGCAAAUGUAACAUUUUGUAUUUGUGGAUUACCUUGUUUUCAGUAUUAUUGAAGAUAAUUUGGUUACAAAAUAAAAACAUAAUAUCAUUUUUG